AUGUCUGAAGGUUGUGGGGCGUCGCCCCGGGCUUGGGGGAGCAGGGAGCGAUUAUCGUCUCGCCUCUCAGCCCCACGGACCCGAGUGUGUCCUGGACUCAACCCGGCUGCGGGACCGCGCUCCUUUCUCGACGCCCGGCUGGCAGCGCCCGGCAGCGCCGGCGGCCGGGAGGGAUGGGGGAGGAGGCGGCGGCAGCCGGCGAGGGGCGGACUCGCCCGGACGGAGCUGAGCGAGAUGGAAUUAGCCCCGCGGCGGCAUAAGCCUGCCCAGAAGCGCGCGGCUGCGGCCGGCGGGGUCUGCAUCCACACCAUGGCUACUCCCAGGCCGCGUGAUAUUCCCCUGCUCCCUGGCUCCCCACGCCGGCUGAGCCCUCAGGCAGGGACCAGAGGGGGCCAGGGCCCCAAACACGGACAGCAGUAUCUCCAGACGCCAGGUCCCCGGGCCCCAGGUCUGCAGGGCAGUUCCAGCCGAGAUCCUGGCCAGCCCCGCGGCGGAGAGAGUGCCCGCAGCAGCUCUGUCAUCAACAACUAUCUGGAUGCCAAUGAGCCUGUGUCCUUGGAAGCCCGUCUUAGCCGCAUGCACUUCCAUGACAAUCAGAGGAAGGUCGACUAUGUGCUCGCCUACCACUACCGGAAACGUGGGAUGCACCUGGCCCAAGGCUUCCCUGGCCACUCGCUGGCUAUCGUCUCCAAUGGGGAGACAGGCAAGGAGCCUCAUGCUGGGGGCCCAGGUGACAUUGAGCUGGGGCCGCUCGAUGCCCUGGAGGAGGAGAGGAAGGAGCAGCGGGAGGAAUUUGAGCACAAUCUGAUGGAGGCUGGACUGGAGCUUGAGAAGGACUUGGAGACACGGGAACCCCCAAAGGCUUCCCGUGAGUGGAAGCCCCAGGGUCCUCGGAGCUGGUGUGGGUUUGCUGCUGUCUCCCUACACACGCGGCCCGUGCGUGGUUACGAGUUUGUGUGUGUUGCUAUGUACUGCUCUCACGAUGCAUUGUGGAGCUGGGGAGGUUGCAUUCAGACCAACUCAGGCCACGCCUGUGAGCAGGGUCUGGCAUCCCAGCUCUGCCUGCUGAAGGCUGAGAGCAUCGGUGCGUCACCCCCCAGCCUCAGCCCCCGAGAACUCUUGCUGCCAGUGAGGGAUUCAGACCCUGAGAGCCUGAGCUCUGCAUUUUUCUCAGGGAUCAAAGCCUUAGGUGAAUGGCGGUGCAUUGGGCACCAGCAGGUGGUGCAGAUUCUGGAAAUCACAUCAUAUUGGCUCUUUCCUUUUGCAAAGACCGCGGUCCCAGAUGGGAGUCCCCCCUCCUUCACUCCAGCUUCCAUAAGCUGCAUACACUGGAGACUAAUGCUGCAGCCACCAGGCAACAUUUGGGAUGGAACACUCCGCAGGCGCAGAGGCCUGCAUUGCUCUGGGGUGGAGAAAGAGGACGAUCAUGUGGUGGGCACAUUUCGGGAGGUCAGUGUUUGA